AUUAUUUUUCCCGCUCUAACGCACUCUCACAUUCACAGAAACCAAAAAUGUCGCUCGGACUAAUCGGACGCCGUGCCCUCGGAGGACUCUCACAAUCCGCUCGCCAGUACGCAACAGCAGCCGCUGCCACUGCGCCCGCUGUGAAAUGGUCCUCAGAGUCGACCGACCUGAUCAACCGCCUGCGCGACCAGCAGAAGUACUACGCGACCGUGCUGAUCAAGGGCCGCCCGUUCACGGUUACUCAGAACGACGUUAUCAUCAUGGAUCGCAUCAAGGAGCUUGAGCUUGGCGAUGCCCUGGCCCUGAACCAGGUCACAGAGAUUGGCUCCCGCGACUACACGAUCAAGGGCCAACCGCUGGUGGACCCGAGUCUGUUCAAGAUCCAGGCCACUGUGAUCGAGCACCCCGACGGCAAGCUGUUCAAGGUUGUUAAGAAGAAGCAGCGCACUGCGCACCAGCGGACAACCCACCACCGCAACCACCACACAAUGCUGCGUAUCUCUAUGCUUGACGUUAACAAGAUCUAAAAAUAUAUACACAUAGCAGAAUUCAAA